UUCGUAAUGUCGCUGUCAGCUCUGUGGACCGUGAUGAGGCAGCGCGAGUGGAUCCAGCAUGUUUCUAUUUUUUGCCUUCCCUUUGACUCGGGAAGUAGUCGCACAAAAUAUAACAGCGCAAGCCAUAAUUAAAGGACAAUACAUACCGCAAUAAAGUGCUGGUGAUGGCAGUGCGGCCCCCUCCGUGCGUGAUAGAUUGCGGGACAGGGUACACCAAGAUUGGUUAUGCGGGAAACACGGAGCCCCAGUUCAUCAUGCCAUCCUGUAUUGCGAUCAGAGAGACUGCCAGUGUUGGAGAUCAGGCACAGAGACGUCUCAUGAAAGGAGUGGAUGACCUCGAUUUCUUCAUUGGAGAUGAAGCCAUUGAUAAGCCCAACUAUGCAACCAAGUGGCCCAUCAGACAUGGUAUUGUUGAGGAUUGGGACCUCAUGGAGAAGUUCAUGGAGCAGGUCAUAUUUAAAUAUCUCAGAGCUGAACCAGAGGACCACAACUUCUUGAUGACAGAACCUCCUUUAAAUACCCCAGAGAACCGGGAAUACUUAGCUGAGAUCAUGUUUGAAACGUUCAACGUCCCAGGACUAUAUAUUGCUGUUCAGGCUGUUUUGGCAUUGGCUGCAUCAUGGACUUCUAGACAGGUUGGAGAAAGAACACUAACAGGAAUCGUGAUUGAUAGUGGUGAUGGGGUUACUCAUGCUAUACCAGUGGCAGAAGGCUAUGUGAUUGGCAGCUGUAUAAAGCACAUCCCUAUAGCAGGCAGAGACAUCACCUACUUCAUUCAACAGCUGCUAAGAGAGAGAGAGAUCGGCAUUCCUCCGGAACAGUCACUGGAGACUGCAAAAGCUGUUAAAGAAAGGUAUUGCUACAUCUGUCCAGACAUAGUGAAGGAGUUCACCAAAUAUGACAUGGACCCUGGGAAAUGGAUUAAAAAAUACAAGGGAAUCAAUUCUAUCAACAAAAAUGAAUUCCAAAUAGAUGUUGGAUAUGAGCGUUUUCUGGGACCAGAGAUAUUUUUCCACCCUGAGUUUGCCAACCCAGACUUCAUGCAGCCCAUCUCAGAUGUAGUGGAUGAAGUCAUUCAGAACUGCCCUAUCGAUGUCAGAAGACCACUUUACAAGAACAUAGUCCUGUCCGGUGGCUCCACUAUGUUCCGGGACUUUGGCCGCAGACUGCAGCGGGACCUGAAGCGUGUGGUGGACGCCCGACUCAAAAUGAGUGAGGAGCUCAGCGGAGGCAGAAUAAAGCCCAAACCCAUGGAGGUCCAGGUGAUAUCUCAUCACAUGCAGCGGUAUGCCGUGUGGUUUGGUGGAUCGAUGUUGGCUUCUACGCCCGAGUUCAUCCAAGUCUGCCACUCUAAGAAGGACUACGAGGAAUAUGGACCCAGAAUCUGUCGCCACAACCCGGUCUUUGGCAUCAUGUCCUAGUGUACUGGCCUUGCACCCCACUGUAAGCCUAAAUAUCAAUUCAAUCGAUUUAUCACCUCCCCGUACUACGCUUUGAUUGCCACUACUCUUUGUAAAGGAAGAAUUCAGGCUUUGAGAAGCUUAGAAUAGAAAGAACAAAGCUUUUUGUUUAUCAGUGAAAAUGUCAAAGCCAGGCACAAGGGUAUUAUGUGGAUUGGAUCUGGAGACUUGAGGCUUGUGCUUUGAUAGCAAGCGCUGAAUGUUCAAUAUUCCAAAUGCAGCAUAAAAGAGGAAUUCAAGAAUUGCACAUCGACUGCAGGCUGCUCAGGUGAAGCCAUAAAGGGGGAACUGUUUACUUUGGAACACAUUACAGUGUUCUGUUCAUAAUUUAAAGAAAUACUUCAACCUACAAUGAACAUUCUGUCAUGGUAUUUCAGACCCAUGUGACAAAAGGAGAAAUUUAGCAGAAUGUCCAAACUGUUUUUUUCCAUGGAAUGAAAGGAUGCAGUGACUGGUGGCUAUUAAUCUAAAAAAUAUAUAAUUGGCGUAGUAUAAGUACAUAGGAGGAUUAGCAAUAAUAAUAAUAAUAAUAAAAAAAGCAACAGCUUGAGAUUAAAGUAAUUAUAAUGCAAGAUAAAACUAUUCACAUUUUGAGAAAAAAAUUGCAAUGUUAAGAAUAAACUCAAAAUUUUGAGAAAUGAAGUCAUUGUGUUUCGAGAAAAAAAAACUCAUCAAAUUUAGAAGAAAAACAGUCAAAAUAAAAUAUUGACAAAAAAAGCUACUUUAUUGAAUUAUUGAAACAAAAUUUUGAGAAUAAAGUCAUUAUGUUUGACCAAUUUUGGCCGAUCUCACUCUUCCGUUUCUCAUUACAUAUAACAUCGGAAAAGUGGAAAUCAAUUGUAAGGGAAUUUUAAAUCAUUUUAUUUUGCUGUUUGGAUUCUUUAAAGCACAAAAGUUAUCCAACUUCACAGUUCAGUAGCCUGCCUGUUGUUCUUCACAUAGCUAGUAACCUGUCCAGGUAUUCUGGAACAAUCCAAUGUUGCUUUGAAAAACUGUCACAAACGUAAGAUGGAUUACCUGAUUGAAGUUUUGAACAACUGGGCUCAAAAGACUUGGAAAUAUGGUCAUACGGAUAAUUGUUUUGAUACUAUUAUGUUGCUUUUUGUCUUUUUUGAGCUUUAUAGCCACGGUCAUUGCCUAUAUGGAAAAACUUCUCCUUUUGUGUUGCAUGAGAGAUAAUCAUUUGAACGACUAUGGUUUCAGACACUACUACUAAUAGCUGUCCCUUCAAAUUGUGCACUAUGUAAAGGGGUAAAGCCUGGAAACUUCCAGACAGGUGUAUUGGGGCUAGUUGGAGCUAAACCCUGCUGGACAUUGGCCCUUCAGGAGAAGGAUUGGACUCUUUAUGUGAUCUGUAUGCAUGUAGGUGCCUGAGCUUGUUUUUUAUUAGCCUUCACUGAAUGAAAAGUAGAAUGUUGAUAGAGUUUUCUAUAUUAUAUGAAAGAUUAUUUAAGAAUUAGUUUAUAUUUGUAUUAAAGUACAAAUGGACUUGGGGCAGUGAAUUUGAAAAGUAUUUACCGUGUUCUUACUGAAGGUUCGGUUUAAAGCUGAAAUAAGAGGAAAUAUAUAUUAAAUUAUUUUUUUCGGGAAGAAAACCUAUUUUAUUUUAAUGCUCAAAUGCGCACUAUUUACUGUAUGUAUGUUAUUUCAACACAUAGCAGUAAGAAGCACUAGCAACCAUGUUUGCCAAGAAGAAAUCUGCUGUUUAAGGCUACAGUGAAUAAAGCUCCUCUUUCUGAAA